AUGUUGGUCGAUAUCGUAGAGAGGACGACGACGAGGGAGCGAGCGAGCGAGAGAAUCUGGUGGUUGAGAGACGAUGAGACUCUUUCUAAUCAAAUUGGAUCACGACCGUUGGAUUUGACCAAUAGAAAUAAUCCGACGGUCUAG